AUGCCUCUCUCGCACGGCAAGUCGAGCGAGGGAGACGUGGGACGCGUGCGGGUCGAAGUGGAGCGUGGCGACCGAGAGAACGGAGUCGUCGCUUCCUCCUCGCCUUCGGCCGCAGGUCCGUCGACGCCGCCCGCGUCGUCAGCGCACUCUACUCCUUCGUUCUACCCGUCUACUCGCGCUCCUCUCCCACCCCAGUCCCUCCUUGCGCCGCCUCCCAUCCCCCAGUUUGUCGGCGACUCUUCCGCUUCCCGCGCGUCUCGCUCUGCUGCGGCAAGCUCGACAACGGCAGCCUCGCCGGCGGCCUUCCCCGCUCCACUCUCGCGACGCCAGCGGCUGCAGCAGCAGCAGCAGCGGGCGGGGCAGCAGCAAGAGUAUCUCGGCUGGAUCCGCUGGGAGGAUCCGGGCGACGCGGACUCGCGGGACUCUGCGUGGCGGCACAAUGCGGGUUGGCAGCUCUCCCACAUCUGUCGGGACACGGCGGGUCCGGGACGGCCAAUCACGGAGGGUUUGGUCCGCAAGCUCGUCUACCAGAUCCUCGGGCCCGAGUACUGCCCACUCCUCUCGUCCGUCUUCGUCUCCUUCCCCGGCGGCCCCCUCGCCAACCGUUUCGCCGACCUCGAGAUCGUCUUCCACACGAACAAGAUUCGCCACGUCUUCCUCAACCGCUGGAACGCAGGCGACUUCCCCGCGAGCCAACUCGAGGCGGUCCAGCGGCACAACGACUUCUGGGUGCCGAAGCGCAAGCGGGAGGGAUGGUGGAAGCGGUAUCCGGACUGA